CUCUAACUCUUUUCUCAUUCCCAGAAUCCGAUAACUUUGUCCAGUCGUCAUCUUCCUGCGUUAUGGAGCUUCAGAAGGACAGUUCAUUACAGGCGAAGCCGGGCGUGGAGAAGCAACUUCGGACGGCCGCGGGUCGGAAACGCCCGGGAAAGUGCGAGGAAGACGAGGAGGAGGAGGAGGAGGAUGCGGCGGAGGAGGAAGAGGAGGAAGAGGAGGAAGGCGUGGGGCUCCGGCCCAAGCGGGUCUUCACCUUCUCCAUCUGCGGGGACCCCGACGACGUGCGCUACGUGGUCUCGGGUGACCCGGAGGCCAGCCUGGUCUCGGCCCUCAGGAGCUCGCUGGACUUCGAGGAGCGGGAGCGGGGCGGGAACGCCGUGCUGGCCUACGGCUCCGGGCCCCUGAGGGGCCUGGUCCACCCGGGGGUGGCCUGCCGCUACCUGCCGCCCGGGUCCCACUUCCGGCUGGUCUUCUCCCGGGCCUCGGGGCGGGAGGGGGGCAACCAGGCCGAGACCUCGGCUCCCCCCACUCCUCCUCCUCCUCCUCUGGCCCGGGCCCGCCCUCGCCCCCGGCCUCGCCCUCGCCCCCGACGCCACGUGCUCUUCUACGUGGAGCCCUGGGCCCGUUCCCCGGGCAACUCGGCCCAGAGGAUCGUGCUGGCUGACCGGGUGGCCCAGGGCCAGACCGGUCUCUGCGUCCUGGCCUUCGCCGGGCAGACCGUGCGCCAGGCCCUGGCCGGGGACGGGCGCUUCCACGCCCGGGUGGACCAGGAUGGGCACCGGCUGGUGGAGAGGGCCGAGGCCCCCACCAAGAUCCAGUUCAGCAACGUGGUGGACCUCCUGGGCGGGCGCAGCUUCGAGGUGGAGCUCAGCGGCGGACGGCGGAGAGGAGGAGGAGGAGGAGGAGGAGGAGGAGAGGAGACGAUGGCGACGACGGCCGAUCGAGGCCACCACCCCAAGCUCAAGGCCGGUGGCGCCCCCCAGUCGCCCGACCGGCCCCGGCGGGAGCUCCCGGGGGCCCCUGCCGGGCUCCACGAGGCCCCCAGGUGGCACGGGGAGGCCCUGCGGGCGGCCAUGGCCGACUUCCGGGCCCUGCUGGUCCUGGGCUCGGGCCGGGCCGGGCUGACCGAGAAGCAGUACCUGACCGGCCUGCGCCAGGAGGCCCAGCUGGGCAUCCCGGCCGGGGACCUGAGGGCCCUGGCACCCCGGCUCUCGGCCGUGGGCUACCUGAGCUGGAGGGGCCACGGCUCGAGGGGAGGGGCAGGAGGAGGAGGAGGAGGGGGAGGGGGAGGCGGGGGAGUGGUGGGGGGGACCUGCUUCCUGCUGAAGGACCGUUUCAUCAUCACCUGCUACCACCUGGUGGAGAUGAUGGCCGAGGCUUGCGGAGGAGGGGGUGGAGGAGGAGGGGGGGGUGGCUGGGAGACCACCGGCACCCCCCUCCUGCGGGAACGGGCCGAGGUCUACUUCGGCUACGAGUCGGAGGGGUUGCUAGGCCCGGGGUUCCGGCUGGCCCCGGCCCCCGUCUCCUGCAACCCGGCCCUGGACUACGCCGUGUUGGAGCUGGAGGGGCAGCCCCCCGAGGGUCCGGGCCUGCUCGAGUCCUUGGCCCUGCCCCCCGAAGCGGGGCCCCUGUACCUGGCCGGGCACCCGGAGGGCGGGGAGAAGCGGGUCUGCCGCUGCGUGGCCAUGGCGGGGGACGGGCAGGGUUCUGGGUGCCCGGCUCGCUGCCUGGAGGGGCUG